AUGCAUGAAUGCCGCUCUUCUCUCAACGAGGACUUGCCUGCAAAGCAUCAUAUGGGCUGGCGACGGGUCGUCUAUAACUUCACACCAGCAUGGUUCUCUGUGGUGAUGGGAACGGGGAUGGUCUCCACUAUUCUAUAUACCCUUCCAUAUAACGGCCGUUGGCUGUAUUGGAUAUCGAUCGUGAUCUUCGCCGUCAAUAUUGGCAUCUUCGCAGCAUGCUGCUUGCUGAGCUUCCUCCGCUACACCAUGUACCCGGAGACAUUCAAGAUCAUGUUGACUCAACCAGCUCAGUCCAUGUUUCUAAGUACGAUUCCACUGGGACUGGCGACCAUUGUCAACAUGAUCUGUUACGUGUGUGUCCCAGUAUGGGGGUAUUGGGUCGAGGAUCUCGCCUGGGCCCUGUGGAUAGUGGAUGCUUCUCUUUCGAUAUUGUCAGCAUUAUGUCUACCAUUUUCGCUCAUGUCUCAAGAUGUCGACGCCCAACUCUCGUCGAUGACCGCCAUCUGGCUUUUGCCGAUUGUCACCUGCGUUGUCACAUCGGGAACUGGAGCGAUUGUUGCAGGUAUACUCUCGAAUACCCAGCAUGCAUUGUGGACAAUUGUUGCGAGCUACGUCCUAUGGGGCGUCGGCAUAUGCCUUGCCAUGAUGGUCUAUGUCAUAUAUUUCCAGCGACUCACUAUGCAUAAGCUGCCGCACAAGGGAGUCAUAAUGAGUGUGUUCCUCCCUAUGGGACCUUUGGGGUCCGGAUCUUUCGGCGCAAUGAAAUUAGCCGAAUCUGCCAAGGCUGUCUUUUCGAUAACUUAUACAUUCCGCGAUAGUUCUGCCGCCUCGAUAGUGUAUGUGUUUGGGGCUAUGACUGCUCUCAUUCUUUGGGCGUUCGGGCUUCCCUGGCUUUUCUUUGCUUUUGCAUCCAUCCUGAAAUCCGGACGGUUCCCAUUCAACAUCGGCUGGUGGGCGUUCACCUUCCCGGUAGGGGCGUAUGCGAUGGCAACAUGUCAGUUGGGAAAGGAGCUCCCUUCUGCAUUUUUCAGAGUCUUGGGAACUAUUCUCUCUCUGGUGGUCGUGAUUCACUGGGCAGUCGUCUCCGUUGGCACAUUAGGAGAGGUUAUCACCGGGAAUUUCUUCAUUACACCCGGCCCUGACAAGAUAAAUCAGAAACAAGAAGGGGGGAAUGACCCCGAAGACAUUGCAUAA